UCAUACGUGUCCGGGAGGAGAACAGAUGUGACCAAACGGUGGAGACCUAAAUCAUAAUGAAAACAAUUCUUCCGCUCCUUCUUUUUGCGACGGCAUGCCUCGGAGAUCUGGCCACCGAUCCAGUUCUCUAUCCCUAUGGUCCAUCAGAAGGUGACAGAGUAACCCCCAAAAAAGAUGAUGGAUACAUUGGUCCCAUUUCUAUCUCUGACACCUUCAUAUUUUUUGGAAAGAAGCACAAUGCGCUCUAUGUGAACAACAAUGGGGUAAUCUCCUUUGGGGUGGCCGUGUCCAAGUACACCCCUGAUGCCUUCCCGCUGGCCGACGGUAGCCCCUUUGUCGCUCCGUACUGGGGGGAUGUCAACAAUGAAAUAACAGGGACAGUGUAUUUCCGUGAGAGCAAAGACCCAAAGCUAUUGGAUAGGAUCUCCAAGGACAUGAAGAUCUACUACCCAAACCUUGAUUAUAAAGCAAAGUGGUCCUUUGUAGCCACGUGGGAUAAAGUCGCCUACUUUGGAUCAAGAUCUAGAAAGACAAACACUUUCCAGGCUGUUCUGACCACUGACGGCAAAAGGUCCUUCAUCAUCUUGAAUUAUGGGCCCAUUACUUGGACAACAGGAAAGGCCAGUGGGGGAGACCCCCUUACAGGGUUAGGAGGCAUCCCGGCCCAGGCUGGUUUUAACAGCGGGGACAAGACCAAUUACUUUAAUAUUCCCGGCUCGAGGACGCCCGAUAUCGUUAACAUUAAGAAGACGUCCAAUGUAAACAACCCCGGGCGUUGGGUCUUCGAGGUGGACAAGUUCAGGGCGGCGGGUGGAUGUGUAUUUGAAGCUAAUUUUGUGCGCUACAACGAGAGCUUCUGGAAGGACCCGACCUGCGAGACCAAGUGCACGUGCAACAUGGAGGGGGACGUGGAUUGCGAGGAGGAGUGGUGCUCCAGCAACUUGCUGUGUGAGCCGGCCAACUGGCACUACUCCUGCAAAAUCGGCUUCAGACAGUGCUUUUAAAGGGACUCAUCGCACUUUCACCCUUUGUUUUGACGUAACUUUGACAUUUCUACAUAAGCUUGAGUAGAGUUCUCUUCCUUUCCUUCCCAUUAGAGAUUCAGAUUUCCAAUAUUUAGUUUAUAAAUGUAAUGAAUAUGUGCUUUGCCUUUGCCAAGUCUCACUCUCUCUUUCACUCUCUUUGCCAAAUCAGCCGUAGGGAUCAGCCAUAUUGAUCAGCCAUAGGGAUCAGCCGUAGGGAUCAGCCAUAUUGAUCAGCCAUAGGUUUCACCCAUAGGGAUCAGCCGUAGGGAUCAGCCUAGGGAUAAAGAUCAGCCGUAGGGAUCAGCCAUAGGGAUCACCCAUAGGGAUAGGGAUCAGCCGUAUGGAUCAGCCAUAGAGAUAGAGAUCAGCCAUAGGGAUCAGCCAUAGGGAUCAGCCAUAGAGACCACCCAUAGGGAUAGGGAUCAGCAACAGGGAUCAGACGUAAGGAUCAUCCAUAGGGAUCAGCCUUAUGUAUCUGCCACAGGGAUCAGCCGUAGGGAUCACCCAUUGGGAUAGAGAUCAGCCAUAGAGACCACCCAUAGGGAUAGGGAUCAGCCAUAUGGAUCAGCCAUAGAGAUAGAGAUCAGCCAUAGAGAUCAGCCAUAGAGACCACCCAUAGGGAUAGGGAUCAGCCAUAGGGAUCACCAAUAGGGAUCAGCCUUAUGGAUCAGGCCCAUGGAUCAGCCAUAGGGAUCACCCAUAGGGAUCAGUCAUAGGGAUAGAGAUCAGCCAUAGGGAUCACCGGUAGGGACCACCCAUAGGGAUAAGCCAUAGGGAUCAGCCAUAGGGAUAGAGAUCAGCCAUAGGGAUCACCCAUAGGAAUAGGAAUCAGCCAUAGGGAUCAGCCAUAGUGAUCAGCCAUAGGGAUCAGGCAUAGGGAUCACCCAUAGGAAUAGGAAUCAGCCAUAGGGAUCAGCCAUAGGGAUCAGGCAUAGGGAUCACCCAUAGGAAUAGGAAUCAGCCAUAGGGAUCAGCCAUAGGGAUCAGGCAUAGGGAUCAGCCAUAGGGAUCUCAUAGAUGUGUAAGAGCCGGUCAGAUAAAAGGCUAUUUCCCUGUGGGGGUGAAUUAUUCAAACAUUCGCUUUGCCGAAAACCCCGAAUGUAAAACUUCAGCAGAAGCCAAUGGGAGUUGCCCUAGGCAAAAUCAAGCCGUAGUUUCAUUCCAGAUUUUCGAGUUCUUUUCGAGUUUAUUAACUCAAAAAUUCGAUGUAUUUGAGUAUCUUCAUUCGAACAAGUUUUCCAUAUUAAUAAAUAAGCAAGCGUCUGAGUUUC